AUGGCACCCCAGACAUGUUCCCAGAGAGUCCUCAGAGCUGCUUCCAAUGCAUCCUCCACUGAUGAAAGUGAAAUCAGACUUGCAUUUGACAAUGUCAUGAAGGCCAUUUCUCCUCCAUCUCAUCAUUCAGACUCAGCAUGCUCUUCUCCUCUGUCCCCAUCCUACAGUGUAAUAAUGGGUGGUCUCCUUGCCAGAGCAAUGACUCCUCCAGAAGAUCCAGAAUCCUCUGUUGAUGAGGAUGAACUAAACCAGAUAUUUGAGAAGUGCCAGGCCAUGGUAAACCACUUGAGUGGGUCAGAAGAGGAGCAUCAAAGCAAUGCCUCUGACGAUUCCUUUGUGAAUGACUUGAGUCAGGAGUCAGGGGUGCCUUCUGCCUACCACAUGGGUGAUGGCCUACCAGACCCUAGGGACACUCUGGUAUGA